GUCUCUUGGGAAGCAGAUACCUGAGUGCAGGGGACCUCCUCGGCCAGCAGUGACAAUGACAGCAGACGAGUUGGUUUUCUUUGUGAAUGGCAGAAAGGUGGUGGAGAAAAAUGCAGACCCAGAAACAACCCUCUUGGCCUAUCUGAGAAGAAAAAUGGGGCUCAGCGGGACCAAGCUGGGCUGCGGAGAAGGGGGCUGCGGAGCAUGCACUGUGAUGCUCUCCAAGUAUGAUCGGCUGCAGAACAAGAUCGUCCACUUCUCAGCCAAUGCCUGCCUGGCGCCCAUCUGCUCCUUGCACCACAUGGCAGUGACAACAGUGGAAGGGAUUGGAAACACCAAGACCAGGCUGCACCCUGUGCAGGAGAGGAUCUCCAAGAGCCACGGCUCGCAGUGCGGGUUCUGCACCCCUGGCAUAGUCAUGAGCAUGUACACGCUGCUCCGGAACCAGCCUGAGCCCACCAUGGAGGAGAUUGAAGACGCCUUCCAAGGGAACCUGUGCCGCUGUACUGGCUACAGACCCAUCCUCCAGGGUUUCCGGACUUUUGCCAGGGACGGUGGGUGCUGUGGAGGAAAGGGCGACAACCCUAACUGCUGCAUGAGCCAGAAGAAAGAUGACUCGAAGAUGACACUCUCGACAUCUCUAUUCAAUCCUGAGGAAUUCCAGCCCCUGGAUCCCACCCAGGAGCCCAUCUUUCCCCCGGAGUUGCUGAGGCUGAAAGACACCUCCCAGAAGCAGCUGCACUUUCAAGGGGAGCGUGUGACCUGGAUCCAGGUGUCCACACUGGAAGAGCUGCUGGAGCUGAAAGGGAAGCACCCUGACGCCAAGCUGGUGGUGGGAAACACGGAGGUUGGUGUUGAGAUGAAGUUUAAGAACAAGCUGUUCCCGAUCAUUAUCUGCCCAGCCUGGGUCCCGGAGCUGAAUGCCGUGGAACAUGGACCCGAAGGGAUCACCUUUGGGGCCGCUUGCUCCCUGAGCUCAGUGGAGAAGAUCCUGACGGAUGCAGUGAUCAAACUUCCAGCCUACAAGACAGAGGUGUUCCGGGGGGUCCUGGAGCAGCUGCGCUGGUUCGCAGGGAGGCAGGUCAAGUCCGUAGCGUCCAUUGGGGGAAACAUCAUCAAUGCCAGCCCUAUCUCCGACCUCAACCCUGUGUUCAUGGCUAGCAGGGCCAAGCUAACCAUCAUAUCCAAAGGUACUAAGAGAACCCUGCAGAUGGACCAAAACUUCUUCCCCGCCUACAGGAAGACUCAGCUGAGUCCUGAGGAGAUCCUGCUGUCCAUUGAGAUCCCCUACAGCAGGGAGGGUGAGUUCUUCUCGGCAUUUAAGCAGGCCUCCCGCCGAGAAGAUGACAUCGCCAAAGUCACUUGUGGCAUGAGAGUCCUGUUCCAGCCAGGGACCUUGGAGGUCAAGGAGCUGGCGCUCUGCUAUGGUGGGAUGGCUGACCGGACCCUGGCUGCCUUGAAGACUUCACAAAGACAGCUGACAAGGUCCUGGAACGAGCAGCUGUUGCAAGAAGUGUGUGCCAGCCUGGCUGAGGAGCUGCAGUUGUCCCCCAGUGCCCCCGGGGGCAUGGUGGAGUUUCGACGAACCCUCACUCUCAGCUUCUUCUUCAAGUUCUACCUGACGGUGCUUCAGAAGCUGGGCAAGGGGGAUACGGAGGAUAAAUGUGGCAAACUGGAUCCCACUUAUGCCAGUGCCACAUUACUCUUUCACAAAGACCCUCCGGCCAAUGUCCAGCUCUUCCAGGAGGUGCCCAAAGACCAGUCAGAGGAGGAUAUGGUGGGCCGUCCCCUGCCCCACCUGGCCUCUGCCCUGCAGGCCUCUGGGGAGGCCGUGUACUGUGAUGACAUCCCUCGCUACGAGAAUGAGCUGUCCCUCCGUCUGGUCACCAGCACCCGGGCGCACGCCAAGAUCAAGUCUAUAGAUUUCUCAGAAGCCCAAAAGGUGCCAGGCUUCCACAGAUUUCUCUCUGCUGAUGAUAUUCCUGGAAGUAAUAAAACUGGGAUAGCUAAUGAUGAAACAAUCUUCGCCAAGGAUGAGGUGACUUGCAUUGGGCACAUCAUUGGUGCUGUGGUUGCUGACACCCCGGAACAUGCACAAAGAGCUGCCCUAGCAGUGAAAAUCACCUAUGAAGAUCUUCCAGCCAUUAUCACCAUGGAGGAAGCCAUAAAAAACAAUUCCUUUUAUGGACCUGAGCUGAAGAUUGAGAAGGGUGACCUCAAGAAGGGCUUCUCUGAGGCAGACAACGUGGUUUCAGGUGAACUGUACAUUGGGGGACAGGAGCACUUCUAUCUGGAGACACACUGCACUAUUGCUGUGCCCAAAGGAGAGGAGGGGGAGAUGGAGCUCUUUGUGUCCACUCAGAAUACCACGAAGACCCAGGCUUUUGUUGCAAAAAUGUUGAAUGUCCCAGAAAACCGGAUUGUGGUCCGCGUGAAGAGAAUGGGAGGAGGUUUUGGAGGAAAAGAGACCAGGAGCACCGUGGUGUCCACAGCCGUGGCCCUGGCUGCACACGUGACUGGCCGCCCAGUGCGUUGCAUGCUGGACCGGGAUGAAGACAUGCUGAUAACUGGUGGCAGACAUCCCUUCCUGGCUAAAUACAAGGUUGGCUUCAUGAAGACAGGGAAGAUUGUGGCUCUGGAGGUGGAGCACUUCAGCAAUGCAGGAAACACCUUGGACCUCUCUCAGAGUAUCAUGGAACGUGCCCUAUUCCACAUGGACAACUGCUAUAAAAUACCCAACAUCCGGGGCACCGGAAGACUGUGCAAGACCAACCUGCCCUCCAACACUGCGUUCCGGGGUUUUGGGGGUCCUCAGGGAAUGCUCAUUGCUGAGUAUUGGAUGAGUGAUGUCGCGGUGACCUGCGGGCUGCCUGCUGAGGAAGUGCGAAGGAAGAACAUGUAUCAAGAAGGAGACUUGACCCACUUCAACCAGAAGCUGGAAGGGUUCACCUUGCCCAGGUGCUGGGAGGAGUGUUUGGCCAGUUCUCAGUACCAGGCUCGGCGCAGCGAGGUGGACAAGUUUAACAAGGAGAACUGUUGGAAAAAGAGAGGGUUAUGUAUAAUUCCGACCAAGUUUGGGAUAAGCUUCACCCUUUCGUUCCUGAAUCAGGCUGGAGCCCUGGUGCAUGUGUACACGGAUGGUUCUGUGUUGCUGACACACGGGGGCACGGAGAUGGGCCAAGGCCUGCACACCAAGAUGGUCCAAGUGGCCAGCAAAGCUCUGAAAAUACCCACCUCUCUGAUCUACAUCAGCGAGACCAGCACGAACACAGUGCCUAACACGUCUCCCACCGCGGCCUCCGUCAGCACCGAUAUCAAUGGACAAGCUGUCUAUGCAGCAUGUCAGACCAUUCUCCAGAGGCUGGAACCCUUCAAGAAAAAGAACCCCAAAGGCUCCUGGAAAGACUGGGUCUUAGAUGCCUACCAGAAUACUGUGAGCUUGUCUGCUACUGGGUUUUACAAAACACCCAACCUGGGCUACAGCUUUGAGACCAACUCUGGAAAUCCUUUCCACUACUUCAGCUAUGGGGUGGCUUGCUCUGAAGUAGAGAUUGACUGUCUGACAGGGGAUCAUAAGAACCUGCGCACAGACAUCGUGAUGGACGUCGGCUCCAGCCUGAACCCUGCCAUCGACAUUGGGCAGGUGGAGGGAGCAUUUGUCCAGGGUCUUGGCCUCUUCACCCUGGAGGAGCUGCACUACUCCCCGGAAGGGUCCCUGCACACCCGCGGCCCCGGCACCUACAAGAUCCCUGCCUUUGGCAGCAUCCCUACGGAGUUCCGGGUGUCCCUGCUCCGGGACUGCCCCAACAAGAAGGCCAUCUAUGCAUCCAAGGCUGUUGGGGAGCCGCCCCUCUUCCUGGCCUCCUCCAUCUUCUUCGCCAUCAAGGACGCUAUCCGCGCGGCCCGAGCUCAGCACAUGGACUGUCACACCAGUGAACUUUUCCAGCUUGAUAGCCCUGCCACGCCAGAGAAAAUUCGAAAUGCCUGCAAGGACAAGUUCACGAACCUGUGCAUCACCGCAGUGCCAGAAAACCACCAGCCCUGGUCUCAGAGGGUCUGAAGAGGCAGCUCCUGAUGGAACUACUGGUGCCUUCCUGGGGUGUCGCCUGCACAGAGCAUCUGCCAGGCGAGGAACAUCCAUCAGGAGUGGAUGAUGGCAUUGUGAUCCCUCAGGAUGAGCCUGGGAAGAACACUGCAUGCAUUGGGGAUCAUGAUUAAUAAUAUGAUUUGCAUACACGAUAAUAAGCAAAUUCCAACCGUUAGACUUGAGCGGCUAACGUGCAGAUAGAGGUCCAAUUCAUGCCUAUAUUAAUCAAGUAUCUGAAGUUGAUUUAAGAAGUGCUGUGCUCUACUUCAGCAGCCAAGACAGCUUGAGUAAUUCCAUGUAUUUGUCCUUCAAAGAAGAUUCCUGCAGUUCUCCAGAACCUGCCACCACAGUCUCAAUCUAUUCACCUUCCUUAGAAUAUCUUUCCCUCUAACUCACUCACCCCUGGCCUACAUUCAGAUUGUCAAGGGCAUGGAUGAGUCAACUGGGGGAGUGGGGAGAAUCAACCCUCCAGCCACCUUUGCAUCUUUGAAGAGAAUAAAGAAUGAAACAAAUCAAGUUGAUAGGAGUCUAUUUUGUUAAGCAGUGUAAAGUAAGUUUCUCUGUCACCCUAAGCCAACCAGCCUCAUUGUACUAAAUUUCUUCUCUUUCCACCUUCAUGCACUUAAAAAAAAAUCGAUGUUUCCAGUAUCCCUCCCACCUCCAUCCCCCCAUCCCGUGGUGGUGGAAAAUGGGCCCUGGUGGAGGGAUGGGUGUUUGAUCAUUGUACAAUGGAAACCCAAGCACAGAAAUUUGUAAAUCUACAACUGUACCUCAUGGUGUUUCACUAACAAAAAUUCUAAAAAAAUGUAAAUGAUGGAGAAUGGGCACUGGUGGAGGGAUGGGUACUGGAUCAUUGUGUAACUGAAACCCAAGCACAAAAAUUUGUAAGUCUACAACUGUACCUCAUGGUGUUUCACUAAUAAAAAUUUAAAAAAGCAAUCGAUGUUAAAACCUUCAUUUGAAGGCUGAGUCAUCUCCAUCUAGAAAACAGUCUCAGGCAGUCUAGAAGAAAGCUGGG